AUGCCACGACCAUCGGCGUCGACGCCCCACCUGAUCUGGGCGGCGGGUCACUUCCUGUGCUUCUUUGCCGGUCUGCGCUAUCUGGCGGGUACGGUGAUGUUUGCAACCUCUUCGGGCGGUCUUUCGCGCUGGUAUACGGCAACGUACUUUGGCGCCAUCAUCUCGUACUGUGUCGUUGUCUAUAAAUCCUUUGGCGUACCUCAGCUCAACAAGGCGUACGUGCAGCGCGCUCUGAUGGACGAGAACGUACAAUAUCUGUUUCUGGCGAUCUACUGGUUCAUGUCGAAACCGAUCUUUAUCAGCUUGGUGCCGUUUGUCACGUUUUCGCUCUUCCACGUGCUGACGUUUUUGCGAACCACGCUGAUUCCGAUCGUGUUUCCGUCUGGAUCACCUGCACCGGGAGCCAACCAGGCGGCCGCCGGAGGCGCACCUGCUGUCCAAGCCACUGCGCCGCCAGCCAAGAUCGCCAAGUUCAUCCAAUCGUGGGUCAAGGCGAACUACGAUCCAGCGAUGCGCUUCGUCGCUUAUGCCGAAGUGGCCAUCUUUGCGCGUGUGCUGUUGGGGGCGUUGCUGUUGCGCAACUCGUUGUUGGCUCCGCUGUUCUACGCACAUUUUUUGCGUCUCAGGUUCUACAUGAGCUCGUUCACGAGAGCCGCGUUCCAGCAUGUUAAGAGCAUACUGGACGGGUACACGCAGCAUCAGAGUUGCCCGCCCGUGGUGAGAAAGGCAUACUUGACCUUGACCGAUCUGAUCAGCCGGUAUGCUAGCUCGGUGCUGUCUGUGCAGAGUGCAGGCGCUGCUCAGCCCGGCGCGGGUGCAGCGGGUGCAGCUGGCGGAGCUGGCGGAGCUGCGCCACCGCCGAAUCCCGCCGCUGCAGCCGCACCACCAAGGAGGUAG